CCAGUGUCCUGGCUUCCCUCCUGCUGCUUGGGUUCCAGCUCGUCUGCCCACAGCCCUCCACUGAACACAGAAAGGAGCAGGACCCGCGGUCCCAUUGGCCCUGGCAAGUACGGCUACGGCAAAGCCCCGUACAUCCUACCCCUGCAGACGGAUUCUGCGCACUCACCGCAGAGGCUUCGGAGACAGAGGCCCUCCUCCCGGAAUUCCAGGUCCCAGGGAGCAUCAGGUUCCAGCCACGGCUACAACCCUGCAGCCCAGCGGGCCCCCCAGCACGGACCUCUGUACCAGAGCGACAGUGGCCCUCGUUCUGGACUGCAGGCCUCCGAGAGUUCCAGCUACCAGCUGCCUCUGACCCAAGACCAAGGCUUCCCUGCAGCCUCCAGUCUCUUCCACGGCCCAGAAACAAGCAGCGGGCCCGGCGCGGGGGCCCCCGGGGCGGCCCAGGGCUUCUCCCAGCCCGCGCGGGCCGUGGCCAUCUCCUGCAUCGGGGCCUACCGGCGGUACAGGCUGUGCAACACGGACGUGUGUCCAGAAAGCAGCAGGAGCAUCUGGGAGGUGCAGUGUGCGUCCUACAACAACAAGCCGUUCAUGGGCCGGUUUUAUGAAUGGGAACCAUUUGCAGAAGUCAAGGGCAGCCGGAAGUGCGAGCUGAACUGCCAGGCGACGGGCUACCGCUUCUACGUGCGCCAAGCGGAGAAGGUCAUCGACGGGACCCCGUGUGACCAGAACGGCACGGCCAUCUGCGUGUCCGGCCAGUGCAAGAGCGUUGGCUGUGAUGACUACCUGGGCUCCGACAAGGUCGUGGACAAGUGCGGGGUGUGCGGCGGCGACAACACGGGCUGUCAGGUGGUGUCGGGCGUGUUCAAGCACGCCCUCACCAGCCUGGGCUACCACCGCGUGGUCGAGAUCCCCCAAGGAGCCACAAAAAUCAACAUCACCGAGAUGCACAAGAGCAACAACUACCUGGCCUUGCGAAGCCGCUCCGGGCGCUCCAUCAUCAACGGGAACUGGGCCAUUGACCGGCCCGGCAAGUACGAGGGCGGAGGGACCAUGUUCACCUACAAGCGUCCGAACGAGAUUUCGAGCACCGCCGGGGAGUCCUUUCUGGCGGAGGGUCCCACCAACGAGAUCCUGGACGUCUACAUGAUCCACCAGCAGCCUAACCCGGGAGUGCACUACGAGUACGUCAUCAUGGGGGGCAACGCCAUCAGCGCCCCGGCGCCGCCUCACAGGAGACCAGGGGAGCCCUUCAAUGGCCAGCUGGUCCCAGAGAGGCGGAGCCAGGACGAGGGAGCAGAGAAAGACGGGGACGAGGAGAGGGCAGACGUGCACGGCGGGGCGCCUGAAAUAUUCACUCCGGAAUCCGCACAGACCUUCCCGGUCAGGCAUCCAGACAGGUUCUCUUCCCAUCGGCCGGACAGCGUGGUGCCACAGCCCCCGCGGCGGAGCCGGGACCACAACUGGAAGCAGCUGGGGACGACUGAGUGCUCGGCCUCCUGCGGGAAAGGAUCGCAGUACCCAAUUUUCCGCUGUGUGCACAGAAACACUCAUGAAGAGGUGCCUGAGAGCUACUGUGACUCGAGCACGAAGCCAGCCCCCGAGGAGGAGCCCUGCAACAUCUUCCCUUGCCCAGCCUUCUGGGACAUCGGGGAGUGGUCCGAGUGCAGCAAGACCUGCGGCCUGGGCACGCAGCACCGCCAGGUCCUGUGCCGCCAGGUGUACGCCAACCACAGCCUGACGGUGCAGCCCUACCGCUGCCAGCACCUGGAGAAGCCGGGCACCACCAGCACCUGCCAGCUCAAGAUCUGCAGCGAGUGGCAGAUCCGGACCGACUGGACCUCGUGCUCGGUGCCCUGCGGAGUGGGGCAGAGGACUCGGGACGUGAAGUGUGUGAGCAACCUUGGGGACGUGGUUGACGAUGAGGAGUGCAACAUGAAGCUGCGGCCCAGCGACAUCGAGAACUGCGACAUGGGGCCCUGCGCCAAGAGCUGGUUCCUCACCGAGUGGAGCGAGAGGUGCUCGGCGGAGUGCGGGGCUGGAGUGCGGACGCGCGCGGUGGUGUGCAUGACCAACCACGUCAGCAGCCUGCCGCUGGAGGGCUGCGGGAACAACCGGCCGGCGGAGGCCGCCCCCUGCGACAACGGGCCUUGCACGGGCAAGGUGGAGUGGUUUGCCGGGAGCUGGAGCCAGUGUUCCAUCGAGUGUGGCAACGGCACCCAGCAGAGGGAGGUGAUCUGUGUUAGGAAGAACGCAGACACCUUUGAAGUGCUGGACCCCCGUGAAUGUUCCUUCCUGGAGAAACCCCCCAGCCAGCAAUCCUGCCACCUCAAGCCUUGCGGGGCCAAGUGGUUCAGCACAGAAUGGAGCGUGUGCUCCAAGAGCUGCCAGGGCGGCUUCCGCGUCCGCGAGGUGCGCUGCCUGUCGGACGACAUGACCCUAAGCAGCCUCUGCGACCCUCAGCUGAAGCCGGGAGAGAGAGAAACUUGUAACCCUCAGGACUGUGUCCCUGAAGUUGAUGAGAACUGCAGGGACCGGUACUACAACUGCAACGUGGUGGUCCAGGCGAGGCUCUGCGUCUACAAC